AUGGGACCAAGUGGCCCUCGAGGUACAGGAGGGCCACCGGGUACAGCAAGUGGACCACCAGGCACAGGAGGGCCACCGGGUACAGGCGGUCCACCUGGAAGUGGUUCUCCAGGAACAGGUGGCCCUCCAGGUAUGAAUGGACCUCCAGGUAUGAAUGGACCUCCAGGUACAGGAGGGCCACCGGGUACAGCAAGUGGACCACCAGGCACAGUAGGGCCACCGGGCACAAGUGGACCACCAGCUACAGGCGGCCCCCCAGGCACUGGCAGUGGACAGGGCACUGGUGGACCUCCGGGAACAGGUGCUCCUCCAGGAACCAAUGGUCAAUCAGGUACAGGCGGACCGCCAGGAACGGGUGGACCACCAGGUUCAGGAGGACCCCCUGGGACCAUUGGUCCACAAGAAACAGGCGGUCCCCCUGGUUUUGAAGGCCCUCCAGGGACAGGAGGCUCCACAGCAACAGCAGGACCUCCAGGAACUGGCGGGCCACCAGGGACCAGUGGACACACAGGCACAGGAGGGCCACCGAGAACGGGCGGGCCACCAGGUAGUGGAGGAAUGGAGGGGACUAGUGGUCCUCCAGGCACAGGAGGACCGCCAGGCACAGGUGGACCGCCAGGAGCAGUUGGUCACCCGGGAACAGGUGGCCCUUCUGGCACAGAUGGGCGCUUAGGCACGGGAGGACCGCCGGGUCUAGACGGACCUUCUGGCACAUCCGGGCCUCCCGGGACUAGAGGGCCCGUAGGGACCGGUGGACCUCCAGGGACGGGUGGUCCUCCAGGAAGGGAAGGACCACAUGGUUAUGGUGCCCCACCUGGCACCAGUGGGCCUGUGGGAACAGGCGGACCACAAAGCACAGGGGGACUUGCGGGAUUAAACGGGACAGGCGGUCCGCCAGGAAUUGCCGGACAGAAAGGCCAGAGUGGUACACAAGGUCCACCUGGCGACGUUAAAGGACAAAAAGGAGACAAAGGAGUGCAAGGAUUCCAAGGUAAUUUUGGCAACAAGGGCGAGGCUGGUAUGGUUGGUAUGAAGGGGGAAAAAGGGAAUAAAGGAUUACCCGCCAGAGGAAUGAAAGGACAGAAAGGUGACUCCAUGGUUAUGAUGCGGGUGCGGCAGCAAACUACAGUCCCUCAAACUACCUUCACUAAUGGUGCUGUCUUCAUCGGAACGGCGUCCACGGGUUUUAGAACCGAUGCUGGCGUCACCGGUGCCGUUUUGCCUUCGGAUACUUUCGUUAGCUUGUUGGGAUCUAUUGGAAUGGAAACAGUCGAAUCUGAUGGAGCGAUAUUGGAAGAAAAGUUGUAUGCAGCAGAAUUCCGAAUGGUAAUACUUGGAACGAUAAUAUCCCUCGUGGCCGUUGGCACUGGAGCCAUCUACGUGGUAUAUUUUCGCCAGCGACGCAGAGAGAAACUCUUUAUAGCUGCUAUUAGACGAAGAUUAUCCACCGUUUGA